GGGAGGGGGAGAUCAGGUGAGUUGGGCUGGGGUGGAGCGGGUAAGUGAUCCUCUUGGGGGGCAGUUGUGGGGGGAGGGAUCCAGGGUGGGAGGUGGGAAAUGGGCAGGAAGCCCAAGGGAGCGGGGGGGGGGCUACUUUGCAAGCUCAGAGGUUGCCAACUUCUCCCUUAAACUCCUGCUCCUCUGCCUUUUAACAACUGCUUGAUUUGCAGAAGGUGGUGCAAUUUCCUCCCUCUGUGCUGUUUGAUCAAGGCAAUAUGCAAAUUAAUUAACAUAAAAGCCCUCAAACUUCGCACGUGCAGAUGCUGCUAGUAAGUCUUGGGUGCUGCUCUUAAAGGAGGAUGUGGCCACUUUUGCAGUGGGGUUGCAGGAGGUCUUGGAUGGACCCUGGCCAGGGGGUAUGAGUUGUGGACGCCGGCAGGUUCAGGGCAUAGCUGUCAACUUACAGAUUUGAAAAUAAGAGACCAGCAGCCUUGAAAAUUAGGGAUCAGCAGCCAAAAUAAGGGAUUUUAGUCAACCAGCUGAAAUGCGAAGUUAAAAGGGACCAGAUAAUUUGGGAGAGCAGCGCUGGUUUUUAGCCCUUCGUUUCCAGAGGUUGCUGCUCAAGACACCAGCUGAUGAAACACUGCAAUUAAAUAACUACAAGCAGCAACCACUUUUCAUGCAAAACGAAGUCCAAGCUAUGAAGAUGCUGCUGCAGUUCUGUAUCUUUUCUCUCGUGCUCCAUCUGCAGCUCUCAAUUCCAUCAGGCGGGGCAGGAGGAAGGGGGGGGAAUAGCGCCCGAAGUAAACCCGCAGAUCAGACCAUCUAUGCUAGGCUACCACUACAAAUCUCUGGGAGAAGCGCUUGCGGUCCUUCCUUCGCUUUCCCCCUCUAUGGUUAGCCCUUGGAACACCUGCCCGCGCCUCUGCCUCCUCCUCCUGGAACGUAAGAUCAGGCCAAAGGUCCUGUCCUGUGCUCACAGGGGCUAACCAGAAUCCUCAUAAAGAAGCCCAGAAGCCGGACUCGAGUGCAACAGCACUGCUCUCCCCAACUUGUGAUUCCCAACAACUGACAUUCAGAGGCACACACUACCUCCGAAAGUGGAGGUAAGAGGAGCUUGGCAGUGGGGCCGAUUUCCUGGUUUGAAAAUGGAACCAGUUACAGCAGGGAAGGACAUCUGCUUUGCAUGGAGAAGUUCCAGCUUCGAACCCUGAUUAUCUUAGGGUAGGGACGCGGGUGGCGCUGUGGGUUAAACCACAGAGCCUAGGACUUGCCGAUCAGAAGGUCGGCAGUUCGAAUACCCGCAACAGGGCGAGCCUCCAUUAUUUGGUCCCUGCUCCUGCCCACCUAGCAGUUCAAAAGCACGUCAAAGUGCAAGUAGAUAAAUAGAUACCACUCCGGCGGGAAGGUAAACAGCGUUUGCAUGCACUGCUCUGGUUCGCCAGAAGCGGCUUAGUCAUGCUGGCCACAUGACCCGGAAGCUGCACGCCGGCUCCCUCGGCCAAUAAAGCGAGAUGAGCACCGCAAUCCCAGAGUUGGCCACGACUGGACCUAAUGGUCAGGGGUCCCUUUACCUUUACCUAGGACUGGGAAUAUCAUAGAGAGCUGCUGCUGGCAAGUUUAGACAACACUGAGCUAGACGGACCAAUGGUCUGACUCGGGAUAAAUCAGUUUUGUACAGGGUGAGUCUUUUAAAAAGAGGCCCCGUGGAACAUGUGUAUUCUGUAUCCACGGGGCCUCUUUUAAAGGACUCACCCUGUAUAUACCUAGAGCAGUAGUGGCGUCUCUGUCACUAGAAGUCUUUAAGCAGAGGCUGGGCAGACAUAUUUUGGGGAAAGUUCUAUUUCUGGAUUUCUAGCACCUAGCAGGGGUUGGACUAGAUGACCCACAGAUCCCUUUUCACUUCCAAGAUACUAUAGUAGUGAUGUGGAGCCUAUGCUCCUCUAAAUAUUGCCGGACCACAACUCCCAUCACCCCAGAUCAUUGGCCUGGCUGCUGAGGCAGGUAAAAGUUGCAGUCCAAAAAAAACCAGCUGGAGUCACAGGUUUUCUGAGCCCUGCAUUAUAUCUUGGUAGAAAUUAGUUGGGCAGCAAAGCCAGUCCAGUAAUUGACAGCUAUCCUUGGAAGAACUAGUGGAGAUGAACAUAACUCUCAAAUAAACAUAGAAAUCCAAGGGUUGUGGGUAGUCCAAGUUGGAUCUACAUAGAUACUUAAGUUCUGAACUGACUCUUGAGUAACUGGGAAAGAGAUCUUGGAGAUCUGUUUCUUGUAUGCAUUUGUUUGCUAAAUAGGUUAAAAUGAUGGUUUGCUGUAUUUAUAUUGGGUUGACCUAUGGGUAAACAGAGUUUUAUUCAUUCAAAAUUCAGUAGUAAAUAAAAAUAAGGACUGACGUUCAUAAAAUUCUGCAUAGUGUAGGAAUUGGAUAGCUAUGUCUCUGCUCCUAUUAUUAGAAGGUAAGGUUAUUUAUGAGUCAAGAAUCAUAGAGUUGAGAGGAGCUUGCCUGCCAUCUAGUUCAAUUCCCCUACUUGAAGCAGGAAACCCAGAACUAGAUUAUUCCCAACCAGAAACCUCUGCUUGAAAACCUCCAGCCAGAGGGAGCGCACCAGCCUCUCUAGGAAUUGGUCCCAUUGUGCGACUGCUCUUACCAUCAAGAAGUUCUUCCUGUCCUUCAGCUGUAAUCAGCCCUCCUAUAACCUGAUCCCAUUAGAUCUAGUCCUCCCCUUUUCUAUGCGACAGCUUCUCAGGUGUUUGAAGAGGGUGUCUUGUUUUCUCAAGGCUAACUGAUGCACUCCACACUAUUUAAAGCUCCUGGCUCCCCCACAGAAGAAUUCUGGGAACUGUAGUUCAUUUAGGGUGCUGGGGAUUGAAGUGCUGUGAGGGGAGAAUUACAGGUCCCAGGAUCCUUUGGGGGAAGCCCUGUGCUUUAAAUGGAUGGUGUGGCUGUGACAUCAGCUCUUUCGAGGGUUCUCCUUAGGACUUAUUUUCCAAACCCUUGGCCACACUGAUUGUCUCUAAACAUGGAGGAGAAGGCUAUCAGCCAUGAUGGCUAUUGUCUGUCUCCACGGUCAGUUGCUUGAAACUACUAGUGGGUCCUGUUUGCUUGGGUCCUGCUGCUUGUAGGUUUCAAACAGGCAUCUGGCUGGCCACUGUGGGAACAGGAUGCUGGACUACAGAUGAAACUCGAAAAAUUAGCAUAUCGUGGAAAAGUUCCUUUAUUUCAGUAAACUUGAAAGGUGAAACUAAUAUAUGAGAUAGACUUGUGACAUGCAAAGCGAGAUAUGUCAAGCCUUGAUUUGUUAUCAUUGUGAUGACCAUGGCGCACAGCUGAUGAAAACCCCAGAUUAACCAUCUCAGAAAAUUAGAAUAUUCAAUGAAAUCAGCAAAACAAGGAUUGCAGAUGGAGCAAUAUUGGACCUCUGAGAAGUGGAAGCAUAUCUCGCUUUGCAUGUCACAAGUCUAUCUCAUAUAUUAGUUUCACCUUUCAAGUUGAAUUACUGAAAUAAAGGAACUUUUCCACGAUACUCUAAUUUUUUGAGUUUUACCUGUAGAUGGGCCAUCAGCCUGAUCCGGACUCUUCUUAUGCUCUUAAAUUCUCCAGAACAGUAGCUUUUUUCUGUUGAACUUAAAAAAAGAAAGGCAUUGAAAUGCUUUACUGAGAAUCCCAGCACUACCAGUGGGGCUUACUCCUGAGCAGACCUGUGUAGCUUUAUGAACUCUAAUCUGAGCUGGCCAUGGGAAGAAUUGGAAGCUGGGCAGUUUUUAUUCUACAUUAAAUGAUCUAUAACAUUCUUUGCCUCUGGCUGUGCCCAUCAUCAGUGCUGGCUCUGACCACUGACCACCUGCAACCCGCAAAGGAUGACCUCCGAGGUAACCUGGCUUUUGGGUAGAAAAGGCUGCCUUGCCCUUGACUAAGUUUGCUCUGAUUCUGGCCUCUGGUUUUUCUCUGUUUCAGGGGCCAGGCCUGUUCGGCGUUUGCUUCCCCCUGCACACAACUUCCUUGCGUUGGGAGUUCAGGACUUGGUGGCGCUGCCAGGGCUGACGGACAGAAUCGACCGAGGGUGGGGUGGGGGUGGAAAUGGCUGCGGAGUCCAGAGAUACGUCGGCGCCAGGUCUUCAGCAGGCCGAGCGAGAGAAGAGGGUGGGAGAGCAGAGCCCCGCGGGGCCCGAGGCGGGGAAAGACGGAGGGAGGGGGCCUUGUGUCAUCCGUGCGGAGAGCAUCCGGGAUUUCUGGGAAAGAACUGUCCCCGAGGAAGCGAUCCGGGAGCCCCGCAAAGGCCUGCAGCAGCGGUGGGAAUCUCAGCUGCAGGAGUUCCUGAAGGCCUUGGAGUCCCCCCAUGCGGUCGGGGGCAGCCCGCAGCUCCAGAGAAACAGUGCGCAGACUUCCCUGACCCCUUUUGACAGAAUGGCUGACACCAGCCAGCGGCCUAGAUGGGAGCCAGACUCCCAAACCCUGCCUGGUCUGAGCGGAGGAGCCUCCCAGGCCGAGAGGGGCCUCCUGGCCAAAGACAAGUCGGACUGCAGGAAGGCCCAGGAGGCUGCCAGCUCGCGUGAAGAGUGCCGCCUCUUCCGGCGGUUUGGCUACCAGGAAGCGGAAGGGCCCCGCGAAGCUUGCCGGCACCUCCGGAGGCUUUGCCACCAGUGGCUGAAGCCGGAGAGGCACACCAAGGAGCAGAUCCUGGAGCUGGUCAUCCUGGAGCAGUUCCUGGCCAUCCUGCCCACAAAGAUGCAGGGCUGGGUCCGAGAUUGCAGCCCCCAGACCUGCACCCAGGCGGUGAUUCUGGCGGAAGAUUUCCUGCUGAGGCAGCGGGAGGACGAGGGGCGGGUGGGAGAGCAGCAGGUGAGUGUGGCUGGCCCUGGAGGUGGGGAGGGCAUUGGGGACCGGAGGUUUCUUGGGAAGAGGGGAUGGGCAAGCUUUGGGUUUAAAGGGGGAUGGGGAGCGAAGAAGACUCAAGAGGAAAACGAAGGCAAGAGGAGGAGGAAGACUUGCGAUUCUGGAUAUUAUAAAGUGCUGAUUUAGACUCAAAUGAAAUAUGCCUUGCGUCAAGUCAGGCAUUAGUUUUUCUAGCUACGCAUUGUCCACGCUGACGGCAGAGCCUCUCCAGGGUUUCAGGUGGGGGUCUCUCCCAGCCCUCCUGAGAUUUCAGGGCUUAAAACUGGGACUGUCUGCACAGAGAGCAAAUGUUUUACCCUUUGAGCUGUAACCUCUUCUCUAGGUUUCCCCUCCCUUAGCAAUGCACUUGAAUUAUUGAGGGCUGCCCAGAAUAGCAGGCUAGAUGCUGCUAGUUUUGCCACUACAGCUAGGCACCUAGUGGGUUGCUGGCCUGACUUUUUGCUUGAAAGCACUCCUUGGCUACACUGAUCUGGAAAAUGCUAUUAUUAUUAUUUUUAAGAACCCCAUUCUCUCUAUAUCCCAGUGCAAUUUCCCACUGGUGACAGAUCACGGCUCUGGUGUCACAUUUUUAUAACACUCGUUUAAUGUUAUAACUCACCAGUUGUCAAGUACGGGAGUUCCCUUCUCCCUUCUUGGUAACUCACCGAUAAGAAUUAAUGAGCAUUUGGUAGAUUGAUAGUCUUUUUAUUGCAGUAUCAUGUUGCAAGCACAGAGUGGCAACUCUCUGCAAGGAUAGCAGUUGCCUACUCUGACUCCUCCCCACUUCCGCAGCAAGAAGGGCACAAACGGGAUGUCCCUCCUUUGUUCUCUGACUCGCUCAGGCUUCUGAGUUCGGGGGGAGGGAGGGAGCUCCCCCCACUCUCAAUUGAUGUAUCGCCCAGCUGCUCCCUCCCUUCUGGUUGCUUAGCUACUAUCUCAAAGCUGGGUAGCUCCUCCCUCAACUCCACAGCUUCUGUCUCUGCCUGUUUCUCUGCUUCUGGAAACGCUGGGAAUGGGGGGCAGGGAUAUUCCCCUUCCUUUUUUGUUAGGAGCUGCUCUCUCUGCGAUUGCAUUCCCCAAUCUUCCCAUCCAGAUCUACCCCUGGCACCAAUGUAGAUUAGUUCCUUGUUUGGAUAAGCGUUUGCUCCAACACAAGGGCAGCCCCAUGGGGUAAUCCAGCUUGAGAGUUCAGUAGUACCUGAACCCCUGCAACCGUGAUUCCUCCUUUGCGGAUGCGCUGCUGGCAAGGUAGUCGGUGAGGGGGGGUGAGAAUCCAUCCACUGUUCCUGCCCCCUUGAAUGAGAUCCUCUUCCCUGUUUUCAGGCAAUCCGCCCGUUUGCGGAGGAAGACUCUGCGGAGAAGGCUCCUCUGAACACCUGGCAGAGGCCGCUGCUUGGAGGGAUGAAGGAGGAAAGCGAAGGAGACGCCCCCUUGCUGCGUAAGGAUCUCUGAGGGGUCGUGGUUGCUCGGUGGCGAGCUGAGCAUCGUCACGGCCUCCUUUGCACCCCAGUGACUGGGGACAUGGGAGGCAGGAGGCUCCAUCGGUCAACCUGGCUCAGAAUUGUCGACAUUGAUGGCCAGUGGCUCGGUGGGCAGGGAAAACUCUUCCAGCCCUACCUGGAAAUUUUGGGGAUUGAACUUGGGACCUUUGGCUCUUAUUUGGGUACUAUGGUGCCCUGUGCGAGGCCAAAAGCUGGGAAAGCACUAACUGGGCUUUGGAAAGGAGGCAGGAGGACCCUAGCGCCCUGUCAGAGCCCUCACGCCUCCUUCUGAAACCCCGCUUGUGCCCAGUAUGUGCUCCUGCUCUGAUUCUUCCCCCUUGUGGCCUUUGGGAGACAUCCUGCCAAGCCUGAUAGCUCAAUGCUGUCCUUGUUUUUUCGUGAGUAGGGAAGAAGGGCAGCCUUAUGCUGGGAUGUGCCACUUCUGACUGUGCUUAUGUGUUUGUGUGUGUAUGGAAUGCGGCAGAGGGAAGCUUGGAAUCAUAAAGCUUUAGGCUUGGAAAGGACCGCCAAGGGUCAUCUAGCCCAACCUUGGAUUGUAGGAAUCACAGCUGAAGAAUCCUCGAACGGCGGACCAGCCAACCUCUGUUUAAAAACCUCCAGUGGUGGAGGGUCCAUCGUCCCCCAAGGGAGCCCAUUCCACGGUCAAACAAUCUUCCUCGCAAAAUUGGAUGCUCCUUGAUACAACUCCCCACCCCAAAUCUCAGUAUUCAGAACAGCAGCAUGGCAGAGAGAAAUCUAUGCUAUUGAGCCCAUUUCCCUGUGUGCUUCUCUUCUAUGUGUGGGGAUUUAUUAUUACAGUAGUACCCCUGGAUGCGAACGGGAUCCGUUCUGGAGCCCGUUCGCAUCCUGAAGCGAAUGCAACCCACGUCUGCAGGUAGCAAUUUGCCGCUUCUGCGCAUGACGUCAUUUUGAGCGCCUGCACAUGCGCGAGUGGCGAAACCUGGAAGUAGCCGUUACUUCCGGGUCGCCGUGGAGCACAACCCGAAAAUGCUUAACCCGAAGCUGCUUCAACCCGAGGUAUGACUGUAUUAUCAUCAUUAUUAUUUUCAUAUUGAAAAGGACUUCAUCCUAGAGCCACUGCCCACACUGGGGGCUGAUGGGAGUUGGUGUUUGACAGACACUUUAUCUCACUGUUAUGGGUUCAAGCCCCACAUUGGGCAAAAGACUAUUGCAUUGCAGGGGGUUGGACUAGAUGGCCCGCGUGGUCCCUUCCAACUCCUACGAUUCUUUGUUUUUAUGAACAUUUGGAGGGCUACAGGCAGUUCCCCACCCCUGUCCUUAAUGAACGCCAUUCCUUUGCCCUUUCUAGCAGGCGAUGAGAAGUUGUGCAGCCCGGAGAAGAAUGACCCGGAAGCUUCCGGAGAGCUGGAGCCACGUUGGAUGUUGUCUGGAAGGGUCGAACAGACCGUUCCCCACUGCCCCGGUGCAGGGGAACCUUCCGAGAUGCUGUACGGCGGGAACUGCCUGGAGCGGGAAGCAGGGAAGUUCAUCAACUCCCAGGGGACGUAUGAGGACUUGGACGAGAGCGCCAUGCAGCCGGGGACCCUCCUCUUCCCCGGCGAGAGGGACAACGCCUGCCAUGUGUGCGGGAAGGUCUUCCGGCGGCGCUCCAACCUGAUCGCACACGAGAGGAUCCACUCGGGGGAGAGGUGGUACAACUGCUCCGAGUGUGGGAAGAGCUUCGUCAGCCGGGCCGCCUUCCUCAUCCACCAGCGGGUGCACACCGGGGAGAAGCCCUACAAGUGCUCCUACUGUGGGAAGGGCUUCAACACGGGCUCCAGCCUCAUCCGCCACAAGAGGAUCCACACGGGCGAGAAGCCCUACAAGUGCCCCGAUUGCGGGAAGCGCUUCAACGACUACUCCAACUUCAUCGUCCACAAGAGGAUCCACACGGGAGAGAAGCCCUACGAGUGCUCUAUCUGCGGGAAGCGCUUCAGCGACAACUCCAACUUCAUCAAGCACCACCACUGAGAGGUCUGCGGGCUGUGGGUGGGGUAGGGUUUUGGGGGGAGACCGGGGGGGUUGUUUUGUUUGUACUAAACAAAAACUAGUUACAGACUAUAUAGCAAGACUACAAAGGAGCAUCUCUGUGAGUGAGGGCUGUGGCAAAAAAGAGGUGCCCCAAAGCCUCCGUUGCCUUUGACAGCAAUUGAUCGGGUAGAGAGGGGAUGUCUGGGAGACGACAAGGAGAGCAGGUCGUUUGCAGAUCAGAGAAAAAGGAAAGCAGAACAAAGAACACACGGAGACUUCUAAAGGUUGCUCCUGUCUUGAUGAAGCAGUUGCCCGGACUGGCCUGUAGCUCCCCCUUCACUCCUUGGGCCUCUGUGUCAGGCCCCUCCUUCUGUCUACGGUGAGCUGCAAGGGACCCUCUCUGUGUCUGCCUGGCUCUCUGCUCGGCAACAUGCAAUAAUUGCCUUGUUCUGGGGCGGGAGGGACCUGCAAGCUGUCAGCAGAGAAGCUGUAAAGAGUGGCUCUGUGGGAGAACUGCCAAGUCUAACUCCUGAUGCAGGUAGGUAGCCGUGUUGGUUUGACGCAGUCAAAAUAAAAAUAAACAAAAAAUUGUCCAGUAGCACCUUAUAGACCAACUAAGUUUGUUCUGGUAUAAGCUUUCGUGUGCAUGCACAUUUCUGAGAAAUACCCCACCGCACCCUCCCACUAUAUAUAAGGGUCUGGUGACUUCUUUUUCAGUGUACAGCCAUGCCUCUUGUUACGUUCGCUUCAGGUUGCGCAAUUUCAGGUUGCAUCCCGCGGUGACCCAGAAGUACCGGAAAAGGUUACUUCCGGGUUUCACCACUCGCGCAUGCGCAGAAGCGCAAAAUGACGCCACUCACAUGCGCAGAAGCGGCAAAUCAUGACCUGCGCGCGCCCAGGUUGCGUUCUGCUCAUGUUGCGAGCGGGGCUCCGGAACGGAUCCCGUUUGCAACCAGAGGUACCACUGUAUCUGAAGAAGUGUGCACGCACAUGAAAGCUUAUGAGAACCAGUGUGGUGUGGCUAAGAGCGGUAGUCUCGUAAUCUGGUGAACCGGGUUCGCUUCCCCGCUCCUCCACAUGCAGCUGCUGGGUGACCUUGGGCCAGUCACACUUCUUUGAAGUCUCUCAGCCCCACACACCUCACAGAGUGUUUGUUGUGGAGGAGGAAGGUAAAGGAGAAUAUUGGCCGCUUUGAGACCCUAGGGUAGUGAUAAAGCGGGAUAUCAAGUCCAAACUCCUCUUCUUAUACCAGAACAAACUUGGUUAGUCUAUAAGGUGCUACUGGACAAUUCUUUACUUUGUUUCUUUUUAAGUCUAGCUCCUGUCCCUGCCCUGUGCUUCAGCACCUGUCUGAUUCUGCCUCUUCGCUAUCCCUCGAGCUCCUUGCCUCCAGUAUUUCCCAGCUCAUCCCCUCCUCUGGGGUGGUGGCCGGUUUCCCACCACCAGGAGCCAAAUCCUCUCCCUCUGCACUUUCCAUGGAGGGGGGGGUGGACUCUUGGUCAGACUGCUUCCCCAACUGCUCCUCAUCCAGCCAGUCCCUGACAGGGGAGCUGGUCCGAAAGAGGCAGUGGGAGGCAGCAAGCCGGACUCCUUCCCCACUUCUGUCACCUUCCUUGUGCUAGUUUCCUACCUACCCCCCCCACACGCUCCCUUCAAUCUAGGGCCGGCCCAAGACAUGUUGCCACCUGAAGCAAAACAGAAAAUGGCGCUCUGCUGCCCCCUGAGGCGGCUGGAGGCAGAACACGGAAACCCCUGUGUGCUGAAAAGGGAGAGAAUAUGAUGCUGGAGAGGAGGUGGCGCCGCUCUGCCCAGGUCACACAACAGGAGGCAGCAAGUGGCGCACUUCUGGGGGGGCCCAGAUCCGCUACCCCUCUCAGCUUAUCUCCGGCCUGCCGCCUGAGGCGACUGCCUCACCAAGCCUAAUGGGUGAGCCGGCCCUGCUUCCGUCAUGCCUCCUGUUCCUUUUUCCCACUGUCUGCUAAUCCAGCUGCUUGCUCUGGUCAAGAGGAGCAUUUCUCAAUGGUUUGAAGGGGGAGGGAGGGACUUCUCUGCUUCCUUUGUAGUGUAGUGGUCAAGAGGGGUAGUCUCGUAAUCUGGUGAACCGGGUUCGCGUCCCCCUCCUCCACAUGCAGCUGCUGGGUGACCUUGGGCCAGUCACACUUCUCUGAAGUCUCUCAGCCCCACUCACCUCACAGAGUGUUUGUUGUAGGGGAGGAAGGGAAAGGAGAAUGUUAGCCGCUUUGAGACUCCUUAGGGUAGUGAUAAAGCGGGGUAUCAAAUCCAAACUCUUCUUCUUUUUCUCUUCUUCCUCUCCUUUCUGAGCCCCUUAAUGGCCAGCAGCCAUCUCUCUUCAGCAGGUGAGCAAGCCAAAUCUCCCCUUGCCCACCUUCCAUGGAGUUCUGUAGGCCGGGAUCACAAACCCAACACCGGUAUGGGGGCAGCUCAAAUGCCUGCCAAAAAUACAACCAGCCAGGCAGAGAUAAGUGGCAAGCUGGCCCCUGUUGUGUUUGGGUAUCCCUCCUGCUCAUUCUGCUGUGUGAAGCUCCAGACUACAGGGCCCUACGGCCAGCCCUGAUGGUGCCACAGUUCUGAGUCUCCCCAUAGCUAUUUCAGCACCUGUGGAGGCCGCAGAAAAGCUUGCAACUGGCUCUGUGCUUGCUGCAGGCUCUUCCUCGGCCUCUGCUGCCCAUACAAGGGUCUCGCGGCCCAUCGCGUUCUUCAAGAAAGAGGAAGGGCUGUAGGACCAGCGGUUAGAGUACAUGCUUUGCAUGCAGAAGCUCCCAGCUAAAACCCUUAGCACCUCCACCUGUGUGGUAAGGUAAGAAUUUGCUUCCACACCGCUCCGUUUGUGAUGCAGGUGAGGGACCACCUUUCAAAUAAAAAAUGGGACCCAGGAAAUUAAUUCCAAGUCCAGCAUCCAGGGGGGCCCGGCGUUUAUUAUUAUAGAUACAGCGGUACCUCGGGUUACAUACGCUUCAGGUUACAGACUCUGCUAACGCAGAAAUAGUACCUCAGGUUAAGAACCUUGCUUCAGGAUGAGAACAGAAAUCGCGCGGCGGCAGCGGGAGGCCCCAUUAGCUAUAGUGGUACCUCAGGUUAAUAACAGUUUCAGGUUAAGAACGGACCUCCAGAACGAAUUAAGUACGUAACCAGAGGUAACACUGUAUUGCCAUAGGGCAGAGCUCAACUUAACAUGGUUGUUCUAGCCGAACCACCACCUAAGAAGAAGUUUGGCGCAAGGAGCAUCAGAACAAGGGUUUCAUAGGCGGCAAACGAAAAGCCACAAAACAUCUAAAAAUUCUUGAAACGAAAACAUCCUUCUACAUACAUCAGGAAAGGUUACAGGACAUCAGAACUAAAACACACAUGGCUCCAUAUCGGUAUCUUCACCCCUGCAGUCACCUUGGAGUGACCCAAAUGUGCCCAGGCCAUGGGUCUCAAAUGUCCUCCUCUCACAGUUUCUCUUGCAGCCAGGCCUUUGUUGGGUGUUGACAUUAUUUCCCUUAUCUCGCUUCCCUUCUCCUUUUUCCUAGGAAGUUUUAAUGAGAAGUUUGGAUUUACACUCUGGUGCGAGCUAGAACACCCUUAAUGACGAUUUGUAACACUUUCAGGGUUAGAUAGAAGUGGAAUGCAGUAUAGGAAGGCGGCUUGCGAGUCACAAAAUACACGUAGGAAUCAUUUGUGGAAAGGUUAAAUGCAAUUAAUACUGAAAUAUUAUUAAAGUAAACAAAACACUACCCCCUGGGUCUCUUAUUCUUACAUCAUUGGGAAGGACCUCCCCUUGCCAGAGACCCUUUAGAAGUACUGCCAUUUAUUUUUAUUUAUUUAUACGGAGCCUGCUCUUCAUCCAAAAAGGCUCCUUUCUUUGUUUGCUUUACAAACAAAGAAAAAGUCAAUCCUGACCCCGCAGGCUUAUAAUCUUAAAAAAAAAAAAAAGCAUGACACACGAGGAAAGGGUGACAGGGAGGGAAGAGGAAAAUCAAAAUCAAAGCUCAGGCUUUGAUUUCUAAACAAUUGUUCCCAUCAUGACCACCUGGCAUGGUACAGGCGAAUCAACCUUUCCACAGCCAAAAGAGCUACAUUUCAGGACGUUCUUCCAAAUGUUUUGUCAAAAUCUCUCUUUGUUCUUAUUUGAAUCUGUUGGUUUGGGUGCUAUCCCCUACAGCAGAAAUGGAGGAGCCUUUGCCCCUCCCUAUGUUGCUGGAUUACAGAUCCCAUCGUCCCUGACUGUUGGCCAUGCUUUCUGGAAACAUCUGGAGGCCAAAGGUUCUCCAUAUCUGCUGUAGAGCAACAGAAAAUAAAUUGGCUCCAUCGUCAUCCUGAAUUCAUUUAAGACUUGCAGGUUUGUCUCCUGUAGUCACUUCAUUGUUACUGGGAAAAUGCCCCACAGGAACAAGGAAGUGGUUAACUGGGAACUGGGAUCCAGUGCAGAACUGCGGGAGGCAGUGGAAGACAGGAGUGCCUGGAGCGCUCUGGUCCAUGGGGUCACGUAGAGUCGGACACGACUAGACUAAACGACUAAAGAACAUCUCUGCCAUCGAUCUCACUGGCCAUGUUCAACGCUAACACAAUCACAUUGGCUCUUCUUGACUCUCGGCAGCAGAGCGUGGACAGUUUUGCUUGUGGAUUAGCAAUAAAUUGACUUUUUUAAAACAGUCAAAAGGGUUCUACAUAGAACAAAUCCCUUCUAGGCCUUUGGAAGAACCAAAGACAUGGGGAAAAAAUCACAGAUUAAGUACAUAUUGGGUGGUGCAGUGGUGCUUUUUAAAAAAUAAACCCAGUAGCCAAUAGAAUAUAAUUAGGUAGUUUUGUUUUUUGUUUUGUUUUGUUUUGUUUUGUAAGUCUACUCACUUAGCCCAGAAGACCUCCCUAAAAGCCACUGAUGGAAAGCCCUUCAAGAGCUUUUGUGGUUUCUGACAUUGUUCUUCUGGCUGUAGACAAAAUAUUUUAGUUGGCUUACCAAGAUCGUUUAUUCUCAAGCAAUAUUUAAUACCUCUGCCCAGUGGUUCAGAGGGAAAGCAAUUGUCAGCACAGCUGCGAUAGCAUCACCCUUGGUGCCUGGCUUAAGAUUGACCUUGUGGACAAAUCUGAUGGACAGGAGGGAGGAAGGAAGGAAGGAAGGAAGGAAGGAAGGAAGGAAGGAAGGAAGGAAGGAGAGAGAGAGAGAGAGAGAGAGAGAAAUCUACAUGCCUUUUGGGAGCAUGCUAAUCACAAGACACCUCCAGACAAGUGUAUUUUUUUUGUGGGUAUAGUUUGCAACAUGACAUUGACGCAAUAAUAGAGCAUGAAAUGGAAAAAUUAUACUGGACCUUCCACACAUCGUUCCAUGUUAUCAAUUGUUCUGCAAUGCUUCCCAAUGUUAUGACACAAUUGCCAUCUGGAGGGGCAUUCUUAUGCUGGGGUGGAACCAAAACAAGUUGCAGGAUUUCAGCAGAGAGCUACGGCAUAUAGAAUCCUAUAACUGUAGAGUUGGAAGAGACCUUGAGGGCCAUCUAGUCCAACCCCUUGCAAAUCAGAAACUUCCAGCUACCCCGUACGGGGAUUGAACCUGCAACCUUGGCAUUAUAAAGAAAGCACUCUAUAUCCACCAAAAAAAAAGCCUUUUCCAGGUGCAAAGUGCGAUCAUGUAUAACAAGCACAAAUCACUGUAAGGGCACAAUAUAAAGGAUGUCUUCCGGGGCCGAGAUAGUAGAUCUGUUGAAAGCAAUGGACUUAAAAAAUAAGUGGGUUUACUCAGAGUAGGACUCAGUUUACCUUCAUGUGGGUCUGGUAGCUCACUGGCAGGACUGGUGACCUAAAACUGGAGCGCCUUCUCUGUCAUCACAGACAGAGCCCUGGGUUCAAAUUGCACGUUUAUGCAGCAAGCUUAAUCUUCCUCACAGGGUAGUGAGGCUGAAAGGCAAGGCUGGUGAAUUGGGUUUGUUGCUUUCUUGGAGGAAGGUUGGUUAUUAAACCUUUUUAAAUGAUUGACAUGAGAUGUAUAAGCCUGUAGAAAGAGUAAAUAAGCCCCCCCCCCUUGGUGUGAAAAGCUGGACUCAGCCCAGUGAAAUUGGCAGGGGAUGUGGCUUCAGGGAAUGAAAAAUGGAGCCCUCCUUCACACGACACUAAACUUCCCUGGAAUUGAAUUCUGUAAGGUGCUAUGAGGGCUGCUGCUUAGAUGCCUUUGAACAGUUCCUGUUGGCUGGGGCUGAGGGUAGAAGUUGCCAAAAUUAUCUGGAGGGCACCAAGUUGGGGAAGGCUGAUAGACAACAUGGAAGAGAGCUCUCUUGAGAGGCUAUUGGCUGGCAAUACCUAAGAGUGGAGCCUCCUUUCCCAGAGGCUUCUGCAUACUAAAAGGUUGGGGGUCCACCAAGUCCCCAAUGGGGAGCGGCCAUCUUUUCUCCCCACGCCUUUCCUUACACCUUCCUCACAAGUUUUCCAGAAGCAGCGAUCUUGGGGUAGCAAAGCAACCCGAGUUACGUACAAUUUCGGGGUAACAAUACAACUGGUUUGAAGAACAGGUGGGAACAAAAAAGGAUCGGCCUUUCUUGCAGCACAUCGUUUGAGUGUUUAUAAAGAAAUAAAAAUGUUUUGCUCAAGAUGGUGUGCUUCAUCUUUUUUUUCCCCCUUUCGUGAUGGUUUGUUUUGUGUUUCCGAUGUUAUUUCAGCCUCAUGGUUCACCUGAGACUCUUUGGGGGCCGGUGAGCUUUCCCUGGUCCACCAAGUCUUUUCCCCAAAUGGUCUAGGAACAUCAUGGCCCUCCCAAAGGGGCAGGAAACAUCAUGGCCCUCCAGAUUUCAUUAGGCCCCCAACUCCCCUCAGCCCCAGCUAAUGUGGCCGAAGGGCGGCCAUGAUUGUGGUUGCAGUUCAGCCACCUCUGGAGGAUGCCUGUCAGCUGUCUGAGAAUGGGAGUAUACAGUAAUACCUCAGGUUACAGACGCUUCAGGUUGCGUUUAUUCCAGGUUACGGACUGCCAAAACCCGGAAGAUGCGCCGCUGUGGGUUGCGAAGGCUGGAGGUUGCGAACAUGCAUCCCGCAUUGAUCACGUUCGCAACCUGAGCGUCCACUGUAUAUACAUACAGUCAUACGUGCGGGUUGCACGUUUUCGGGUUGCAGACCGCGCCGAAUCCGGAAGUACCAGAAUGGGUUACUUCCAGGUUUUGGCACUCACACAUGCGUAGAAACGCAAAAUGACAUCACGCGCAUGCGCAGAAGCGCUGAAUCAUGUCACGUGCGUGCGGCACUGCAGGUUGUGAAUGCUGCGGGUUCCGAACAUGCCUCCCGCACGGAUCAUGUUCGCAACCCGAGGUAUAACUGUAUAUAUAAGGCAUCAAAAAAGAGGGGGAAAACAGACAGCAUUUGUUUUUAAAAAAUUAUUUUCACAAACACUUUUCUAGCUUCCCCCCACUGUGCAAACACUAAUAGUUGAGCGAAAUCUCCCUUUUGUGCAAUGCGACAGCUGAUACCAAGCACAUGACAAAACCUGUAUGGGGUGGCGGUGGGGAGAGUAAACCUUUUACCAAAGUGCAUCUGUUGGGAGCCAGCCGGCACCAAAUCACACAGGGUAAGCCAAAACUGAAUUAGGAUGAACAAGGUCUGCUCUGGAGCACCCGGCCCAAUGAGCACAGCAACUCUUCUUGGCAAGUCUGUGAGGCAGUUGAGGUGCAAAACUCUGUUGACUAGCUAUAUAUAGACCUUCUGCCAGCAUGUAACUGUGGCUCUCAAAAGCUUGGGCUGGCUGUUUGGCUGCUACUGGGCUCAGUUCAAGAUCCACAUAAUAAUUUAAAAGGCCCUUAGCAGCUUGGGGCCAGGAUAACUCGAAAGACUGCCUAAUCCUUGAUAUUCCUGCCUGGUCUCCGAGAUCUGCAGGGGAGUCUCCCUUAGUGGUUCUCCCCGGCCCAGAUGUACAGCUCACAUCCCCUAAAUUUGUGGGUCCAAUUCUGUGGCACACCCUCCCAGCUGAGUUUAGGAAGACCCCUCUCUCCCUGUUGAAAUUUCAGGUGUUUGACGAAGGCCUUUCUGUUCGAGCAGGAAUGUUAAGUUUCCUCCCAUGAUUUUCUGAUUUCUUGUAAUUGGUGCUGUCGAUUGUAUGCUUUGGAAUGUGAAAUUUGGGGCUUCCCUCGGGCUUGAUCCAGUAGUUGCAGUUGGUGCUGAAUGCUGCAGCACAGUUGCUGACAGGGCGGGGGCAUUGUCAGCGUAUACUCAGAGAUCUGUGCUUGUUGCUGAUUUGCUACUGGGCCAAGUUCAAAUUGCUACUAUUAGUAUACAAAUAAAUACCUUUUAGA